AUGUCCUCGCAAAAAGUUGUCCGCGCUGCAAAGAAUCUGAUCUUCAAUCCAUUCAUGACCAAGGAAGCAAUCAGCUCCGCUUCAUUCCGUCCACCAGCUGCCAUUGAAAUCGUCGAGGAAGAGGCAAAGCCAAAUAUUCGCCUUCACGACGAAACCACUCAUCUCAAAUUUGGCUUCCCAAUGACCGACAAAUCCAAGAAGAUGGCGCCAUCAAGUGACAGCAAUUGA